AUGGUCCUGACAAAAUGUGAUACUACAAGCACUCGGCAGCGUGCACAAUACAACCUUACAGCUUUUCAAAAGCAGUGGAUUGAUCCCGAUACGGAACUUAAAUUCUACACUGCAUCGGUACCCAAAGGAGCGUAUAACUUUGGUGGAAACGCUUCCUUUAAUCAUGAGUAUACACUCAUUUUCUCGGAUGAAUUCAAUAAUUCGAAACGCACGUUUGAAGCUGGAUUUGAUGCCAAAUGGACAGCUGUGAAUGUUCGUGAUACUAGUAACAUGGGGCAGCACUAUUUUCUGCCUCAAGCUGUGCAAAUUGAUAAGGGUAAUCUUAUUAUCACAACGUCCAAACCCAAACAUCGCUACCGUGGUGCCAAGUACGUGAGUGGCAGUGCACAAACGUGGAACAAAUUCUGUUACACUGGUGGUUAUGUUGAAGUGCGAGCGAUCUUGCCUGGUAAGUGGGGUAUUCCCGGCACUUGGCCAGCUAUUUGGAUCAUGGGAAACAUUGGUCGUGCUGCUUUCCUCGACUCGCAAGAUGGUACGUGGCCAUGGUGUUUUGACGUCUGUGCUCCAUAUAUUGAAAAGAUUGAAAAGGUCAAGCAAAAGAUCAAUGCAUGUGGUAAUCUUACCAACAAACACGACAAGAAUUCAUAUCCGGAAAUGUAUGGAUUGAAUCCCUUUCAAGGUCGUGGUGCCACAGAAAUUGAUGUUAUUGAAGCUCAGAUUCGUGCACGGGAUGAGCCGGCGUAUAUUUCAACGUCGCUGCAGAUCCGUCCUAGUCUACUGGACGAUAUGCGUCCCGCGUCUGAGAACCUGCCGGGGCCGAACCAAUGGUACCAAGGUCUUAAGUUUGGUGAGUUCACGCGUAUCAACAGUGACUACUACGGUCAGUUAGGCCUCGAUUCGAUUUCUGCUCUGACACAACUUGAAUCCAAUGCAUUUAAGUCGUAUCAUAUUUAUCGCCUCGACUGGUCACCUGGUCCAGAAGGUUACAUUCGUUGGUGGAUGGACAAUUCUUUCUUGUUUGAGAUUCCUGGCUCCGCGCUAAACAAAUGGGUGGGCGGUGUCCCUCCCCGCCAGAUUCCGGUGGAGCCCAGUUAUCUCAUUCUGAGUACGGCUGUUUCCGAAAAAUUCUCACCACCGUGCUCUGGCCAGAUUUGCAACUCACUGUGGCCCUCAAACUUUACGAUCGAUUAUGUGCGUGUCUAUCAGGGCAACCCAAACCGGUACACAUCAGUGGGGUGCAACCCACAGGCAUACCCGACGUCUGAAUGGAUCUAUCAUAACCCAGUAAACUACGGUCUCCCGUGGUAUGUUCCACUACGCGUGGACAUCGGCCUAGUACAACUGUUUGCAGUGAUUAAUGCGUGUUUGGGCCUUUUCAUGGCAUUCCGCGGCUCGUCUCACCCGAAAACGAUGGCGGCAUACGCUAGCUCAUUGUGGCUUACUGCAUCAUCUUACGGAGCGCUCAGUGCCAUUGCUCCCCAUGAUCAUGUGUGGGUUCAGGCCACGCUUGCAUGUGUGUGUGGGAUAGUGCUUGGUGGUCUAUGCUCUUUGGUGUACCCGAUAUCGCUGGGCGCGAUGCUUGGUCUGUACGGUGGUGUAAUGGUAAGUCAAUUUGUGCCGCUGUUGUCUUCGCGCGUGAUUACUGCAGUGCUGGUAUGCAUUGGUAUCGCACUGGGAAGUACACCGCAGAUUGACACCAAGCACAUUGUGAUCGUAUCAACUUCGUGGCUUGGUAGUUUGGCGUUUUUAUUGUCAGUGUCGCUAUGGGUGAGCGAAGGUGAUAUUGCCGAGAAUGCGUGGGAGCUUGCUGGUUUCGUUUUCAACGGUGAAACUCGUGACCACGUCGGCUUCUGCACCGAGCAUUGCCUAGCGACGUAUGGUUUGCUUGUCAUCCUUAGUGUCAUUGCGACAUCCUAUGGGUACUAUAGCAUGCGCGGAGUGCUAUUGCGCAGUAACACGAUCGAAGCGCGCAAAGCAAAAUUUCCGCCAGUGUCUGCAAGUUCAGAUGCUCGCUCUUGGAAACUUGAUGAUGAUGAUGUAUCGGGAGUGGAAAAGAGCGUGGUGAACUUCUUUUCACCGUCCAGACUACCGCACAACAUGCAACAAUUCAGUACCAUCUUCCGCAUAGCUGUGAAUGUGCAACGCUCGUUUGGUUUUCAAUUGGAUAAUUUGCGCAACCAAACGGAGCACAUCGUGGUGCUACUUACGAACGCUACCCGUAAUAGUGGAAAUCCUUAUCGGAAGUUGCAUGAUUUGGUAUUCUCCAACUACAAAAAGUGGUGCUCAAAACUUACGAUUCAGCCGCUGCAUUGGAACGAGCAGCGGUCGCCUCAAGGCGGUCUCACCAGCGUGGACGAGAUCUCGGUGGAUUUGUGUCUGUUCUUCUUUAUUUGGGGUGAAGCGAGCAACUUGCGCCAUUCACCAGAAUAUUUGUGCUUCCUAUUUCACAAAAUGAAAGAAGAUUUUCCGUCGGUUCGUCACUCCGAACGUGAAACUGGAUACUUUUUGGACACAGUGGUGACACCCGUCUAUGGUUUGCUGAAGUCCGAAAUGGUAUCCAAGUAUGACCAUGAGGAUCGCCACAACUACGAUGAUUUUAACGAAUUGUUUUGGUCCAAGGGGUGUCUGAAUUAUGACUACAAGCAUGAAGAGGUCAUCGAUAUUACAUCACCUAGCCCCGCCGCAUUCUACCAGCAGAAAAAACAGAAACGCGAAGGUCUGAGUGGUCAGGGUGGCUUCAGCAGUCAGGCUGGGCUCAAUAAUCGUGCAAAAAGCGCUGCCUAUUUUAACAAGCGUAAAAGUAUUGCUGAGUGGUUUACGGAGUCUGCGAAGACGUUUGUGGAAAAGCGAUCGUGGCUAAUUCCACUGCGCGCUUUCUACCGUAUCUUCAACUUUCACGUGAUAUCGUUUCAUUUCUUGGCAGCGCUUGCAUUUGCAAAUGAGCAAGAAAUGAGCUUUACACACUCAUGCAAGAUUGUGUCAAGUACUUUGAUUACACCCUUUUUCUUGGAUCUUCUUCGUGAUGGCCUUGACAUUUUUGCGGUGUAUCAUGUGCACCAGAAGAUGUGUUCGUCAGCGCUUUGCGUCGUCCGUGUGCUUCUACAUCUGACGCUAGUGACAAUAUCAUCGAUGCUAUACUGGUACGCCUGGGCUUACGGUAAUUCAUGGUGGCAAUCAUUUUAUGUGGUGGUGGUGCUUUUGCAUGUUCCAGGUUUGCUCAACUGUGUUAUGCAAGUCAUGCCUGGUCUUACGAAUUGGACGCGGCACACAAAGUUUGUUCCCGUCGCGUUCAUUCGCGACAUUGUCAGCCCCAUAAACCGUUUGUACAUUGGCGACAACGUUUUGGACCCAGAAUCUUGGAGCGUAGGCUACCAGUUCUUCUGGGUAUCUCAGCUGUCUUGGAAAAUGUACUUUAGCUACAAGUUUGAAAUAUACCCGCUUGUGGUGCCAAGUUUCUUGCUGUAUGCCGAUCAUGUGGAGAACAAAGUGAGCAUGACUGCAACUAUGGUACUCAUCUUUCUUAACUGGAUACCGUUCUUUUUGGUUUACUGCGUGGAUAUCACGAUUUGGAAUUCGAUUUGGAUGGCCUUCACUGGUACAUUUGUGGGGUUUUCGUCACAUAUCGGUGAGAUUCGCAAUUUCAGCCGCGUCCGCUCAGCGUUCAGCCGUGCAGUGGAUGCGUUCAACGCCAAAGUGAUUUCUCAAAUUUCGCAGACUGGGCUUCAGAUUUUGGAGAGCACUGGAGUAUCGUAUGGUUCUACAGCCGUCGGUCACGAGGUGCUCGACCGUGUUGAAGGUAGCGCCGACCCGACAUCUCGAAUUUUAUCUCAACGACGUACUUCUGCGCAGGAUGACGAGACUCCUCUCCUAUCUUUCUCGCGCCGCAAACAGACGCCCCUGGAGCGGCAAGCGGUGCGCCGGCGCAAGUGGUUCUCGUUUUCUGUGGUUUGGGACACGAUCAUCGAUAGUAUGCGUGCAGACGAUUUGAUUUCGAACAAGGAGAAGGCUCUACUUCAAUUUCACCGUCUUAGUGGUUAUCAGCGAGAGAUUUACCUGCCUCAGUUCCAGUUAGCUGGUUGUUUUGAAACUUUUGCGUCGAACGUUCUUGAUAUUUAUUCGUCUAAUAACGGCAAUGUAUCGGAGCGUGCGCUGCAAGACAAAUUGCUGGAAAUUCUCAGCGAAAGCCCGAUGGUGGAAGAGGCAUUAGAAGAAAUCUGGGAGCUGACUAACUGGGUACUUAUCAAUGUACUCGGCCCAUGUCACGCGAAUGAUGUGAAGUAUAUCACGAGUGUACUUAAUUCGUGGGCAGCUCGUGGUGUAUUCCGUGCCCUCCAUCUCCAGAAGGUGGUAUCGUGUGGCCACGCUCUAGCGAGUUUGGUGUCUCUAUUGAAGUCGAAUAUCCGUAACUGGAAGAACAACGCUAAGGUCAUCCCAGUGCGCAAAGACCCCUCCGAUUACGUAUCGUACGAAUUUCCACAGCAGCCGAGUUCGUACCGCCCUGUAUCAUCCGGGCUCACAAAAUCUGCUAGUACAACAGGCCUGUCGUCUCUGGGCCUUGAACCUCCUCGUCGUAGUCGUGGUUCCGGUGUUGCUCGCAUUGCACGCAUGCAACAGCAAACGCACAAGCCCGCUAUCACCAACGGCAAGCCCGCGCACUCUAUUCCAAGCGCUCAUAUUAUGCAGAUUCGCGAGCGUGUACGUACAUUUCUAAACCUAGGAAAAGAGAUUCUGGCUCAUGUUCACGAACAAGAUCCGGUGUACGCUGACAGCAAGGGUAUUUCUGACCGACUGACAUGGAUUCUUACGCAAGAACGGGGUUUCAUGUGGGACGACAGUUAUACGGGUGAGCAAAUUACACUUACUGCGUUUGAAACCCAUGCGGAUGUGGUACUGUCACACCUGCACGGACUCCUGACCUUACAAAAGAUCGACGCUGAACCUCAGUCCUUUGAUGCGCGUCGCCGCUUGCUGUUCUUUGUGAACUCGCUGUUUAUGGACAUGCCAUUGGCUCCAUUGCUCGAAGAGAUGAAGUCAUGGAGUGUCAUGACACCGUUCUAUGCUGAGGAUGUUUUGUACUCCAGAAAGGAUCUUGAAAGCAAGCAAGACGGUCUCGAUGUACACACAUUACUAUUUCUUCAGACACUUUACAAGCGAGACUGGGAGAACUUUUUGGAGCGCGUGAAACCUAAGAAGAAUAUUUGGAAAAACCCGGACACAGCGAUUGAGUUGCGCAUGUGGGCCUCGCUCCGUGGCCAGACACUUUCGCGUACAGUUCAGGGUAUGAUGUAUGGCGAAGCAGCCAUACGAUUGCUUGCAGAGAUUGAGCAAGUUCCGCAGCAGAAGCUUGAGGACUUGGUCAACAUUAAGUUCACGUACGUUGUUGCGUGCCAAAUUUAUGGCCGUCAAAAGAAGAAUAACGAUCCAAAGGCGAAUGACAUCGAGUUUUUGCUGCAUCGGUUCCCGAAUCUUCGUGUCGCGUACAUUGAUGAGGUCCGCGUAAACUAUCAAAAGGAGCAAUCGUACUUUUCGGUGCUCAUCAAGGGUGGUGAAGAUCUUGGCACGGUGCAUGAAAUCUACCGGAUUUAUAAAUUUGAGGCUAAGUUGGCUCAAGGGGCUGCAGAGCAGUCGCUGUCUCGUGAUGUUUAUCGAAUUAGCCAGCGCCUUGACUUCUUCAAACUGCUCUCAUUUUAUUACAAUCACGUGGGCUUUUACUUGUCGACGUCGAUCAUCAUCUGGACGGUUUACUUUCUGCUUUACUGCAACCUAUUACGCUCGCUGCUUUCGUUGGAAGGUGUUGGAGGCCGUGAACCGGUGCUGCUGAGCACGUUGCAGGUUAUGCUGGGCUCAGUUGCUUUCUUCACAACUGCGCCGCUGCUGGCGACGAUUUCAGUCGAACGUGGUUUCAAGGCCGCAUGUAACGAGAUUAUCGUCCUUUUGGUGACUGGUGGCCCGCUGUACUUCUUGUUCCAUAUUGGUACCAAAUGGUUCUACUUUGGGCAGACGAUUCUUGCUGGUGGUGCGAAAUACCGUGCUACAGGCCGUGGUUUUGUGACAAAGCACUCUUCGUUUGAUGAGCUUUAUCGAUUCUACGCGAGCAGCCAUCUCUACGCUGCAGUUGAGAUUGCCAUCGGUCUUACGGUUUACUUCAUUUUCACGAUCGGCCACCAAUACUUUGCAAUGACGUGGUCGCUUUGGCUUGUGUUUCUGUCAUGGUACUGGUCGCCUUUCUGGUUUAACCCUCUGUCAUUCGAGUGGUCCGACGUGAUGGAAGAUUUUCGCUUGUGGUUCAAAUGGAUGCGCGGCGACGGUGGCAAUCCGAAUCAGUCGUGGGAGGCAUGGUUUAAGGAGGAAAAUGCUUACUUCUUAACCCUGCGUCCAUGGGCUAAGGCGUGCGUCACGAUCAAGGGUGGAUUAUUCGCGUUCAUCGCGCUUUCCAUAUCUUCGACUAGCGACCGAUACCACUCAAUCCUGACGGAGGCCACUUGGCUUCCAUUUGCUAUUUGCUGUUUGAUGGCUGCGGUGUACCUAAGUGCUGAAGCAAUCUUCGUGACCUCGUCUCGCUCAAAUGGCGAGAAUGGUCUUGUUCGCUUCCUGAAGCUCAUCUUGAUGCUUGUCCUAGUGUCUGGCCUCAUUCUUGCAUUUUGCUAUGUGGAUGGUAUGUGGCAAUGCUUACUAAGCAUGGGAUACCUCGCAGCGGCUGUUGGCUGCUGGGCGCUAGUUUUCAUUGGCACAAACUCGCGCUUUGUUGGCACUCUUUACUUCGUGCAUGAUGCCGUGCUGGGUCUCGUGUCUUUGACUGUCAUCAUGUUGCUAGCAGCAUUCUAUGUCCCUGGAAAGAUUCAGACGUGGCUGCUUUACAACAAUGCCUUGAGUCGUGGUGUAGUGAUUGAGGACAUCCUUCGAUCCAACUCGAGCAAUGACGACCGCGAUGAUGACUUAUCGGUGCAGCAGAUGCGCUCGAUUAUCGUCGAACAGCAAAGGUUCAUUAACGUGCUGACUGCCAGUGGUAGUGAGACGGAUAUCCGUGGUGCUGGUUCUGGAAAGAAGGAUGGCUUAAUGCACGCGAUGAGCGAUAACACACUCAACGCGGUGCUGAGGAAUAUGUCGGAAUCAGAGUUGAGUGCACUGCAGGAUUCGUCGAGCCGCCUGCAAGCCAUUAUGUCCGCGGAAGAGCGUAAGGUCGCGCAACAGAAGCAGCAGGAGAAAGAGCAAAGACUCGCAGAGGCAGGCAUGAAUCCAUCGCUGUCGCGUACGCGCCGAGCUUUUUCCACGAAUGAUUUUUCUGCCAUUCCGGCAAAUGCAGCGCCUUUUAACGUUCCGACGGGGCAGAACAACUCCACUACAUCCAACGUUGGUUCUACCACCGAUAACGAGCACAUGAAGACGCGUACGUAG